AUGCUUCACAUUUGGCUUUUGCUCGUGUCCAGUUUAACUCUGUGCCCAUUAUAUGAGGGUCAGAAUGUGGACCCUGCUCCCCCUAUUAUCCAAUACACCGUCUUAGAGGAACAGCCAGCAGGCACGAGGGUGGGACGUUUGCUGGACAAUCUACGUCAGAGCAGAGAGACCGGACCCGUCGAGGACUUCCGGGUUGUGGAACACGGUCAGACUCUGCCAUUCACUGUGGCCAAAAGAGAUGGACUGGUGUCGACACUGGGUCAGCUGGACCGGGAGGAACUAUGCAGAGGAGCUGACCACUGUGAACUGGCCUUCAGUGUCCUUUAUAGAAAAGCUGGAGCCGUGCGUUUUCUUCAGGUUAGAGUGGAAGUUCUGGACGUUAAUGACCACAGUCCAGUUUUCCCCAACCAAGUGCAGGAGGUGGAGAUCUCUGAAGCGGCUGGAUUUCGCAUGAGAGUCGCGCUGGACCGUGCUGAGGAUCCGGAUGCCGGACCAAACGGUCUGCAGACGUACUCUCUGUCCCCCAACCAGCACUUUUCUCUGGAUGUCCGUCCCUCCGGAGGUGCAAAACAGCCAGAGUUGGUGGUUAUUAAAGAACUGGAUCGGGAGACACAAUCAUCCUUCGAGUUAACGCUAAUGGCUUGGGAUAAAGGAAAUCAACCCAGGUCUGGCAGCACCAAGGUCAAAGUCAUAAUCCUGGACUCUAAUGAUAACAGCCCUGUGUUUGAAGAAAGUGCCCCAGUAGUGGACCUUCCAGAAGACAUGGCACGAGGCACUGUAGUUAUCAACCUUCACGCUACAGAUCCAGACCAGGGCGCCAAUGGCGAGGUUGAGUACACGCUGAGCAAACACGCUCCGUCAGACGUCCAGAGACUUUUCAGCGUCGAUCCUCAGACAGGUGCCGUGGUUUUAAAAGAUCUGCUGGACUUUGAGGAGAAGAGAUCUUUUGAGGUAGAAAUACAAGCUAAGGAUCGGGGCCACAAUGCUGUACCGUCACACUGCAAGCUGCAAGUCCGAGUUCGAGACGUCAACGACAACGCGCCUCGCAUACAUGUCACAUGGACCCCUCCGGAUUCAUCCUUUGCAUCCGUGUCAGAGGGGGCGGCAAACGAGACCUUCCUGGCUCUUGUCAUGGUCUCUGAUGCAGAUUCAGGUCCGAACGGGGAAGUGAGGGCCCGCAUACAGGACGGUUCGGGUCCGUUCCGUCUGAAGCAGAUCCAUGGAGACAAUUACAUGAUCGUAACCAGCGGAAGCUUAGAUCGGGAGCAACAGAUGGAGUACAAUAUUACGCUUCUAGCUCAGGAUAACGGCGAACCCUCGCUGUCCUGUGUGAGGCAUUUGAAAGUCAACGUACUAGACGAGAACGACAAUGCGCCCCUGUUCUCCAAGACUCUUUAUGAAGCCGUCUUUGAUGAAAAUAAUAUGCCUGGAUUGCAGAUUUUAACUUUAGAAGCCCAUGACGUUGACCUAGACCUCAGUGGAAGGGUGUCGUACUUUAUUACAGAGUCGAAUGAUCUGGGGACGUCAACUGCGGCCUUUUCUGUCCACCCGACGAGCGGGGCUGUGUUUGUCCAGCAGUCAUUAGACUUCGAGGAAUCGCCCACUUACUCCUUUAUUGUGGAAGCAAAAGAUCACGGCUAUCCGUCGAUGACCAGCAGUGCUACCGUGAUUAUUCAUCUUCAGGAUGUCAAUGAUAACUCCCCCAUUAUCAUGGAUCCUGUUCCCAAAAAGGGGGUUGCAGUGCUGAGUGUUCCAGUUAAUGCGGAAAAGGGCGAGAUUGUGACCGAGCUUAACGACAAGAGCCAAGACACCCUGUUUCCUUUGGGCAAUUAUUCUUUUCAACACAUGCCGGACAGUUUUCUAGCCACGACCAUAUUAGCAAGUGAUUCUGACACCGGCCUCAAUGCACGACUCCAGUUCAAAAUAAUUGGUGAAAAUCAUGCCAGUCUGUUCUGGAUGGAUGAAACCACAGGCCAGUUAUAUGUAAACAGCACCAAUGCUACAGAACUGAUUGCCAAAACCUUUAACGUGGUCAUUGAGGUAUCAGACAUGGGAAGACCUUCACUCUCUACCAAGACAACCCUGGAGGUAAAAUUCAUCAAUCUCCGAGACCACCUGAAGAACUCCUCUCCCGGACGCCAGGCUGAGUUCAGCUUCACGAUGCUUUUAGCCGUCUGCAUUGGUGGGACUUGCUUGCUCUUGCUUUUAGCGUUUGCACUGGUCACCACCUUCUGCCGGCCAGAAAAACGAGACAGCCAUGCUUACAACUGCAGACAAGCUGAGUCCACCUACGCUACUCACCCUCGCAGGCCACAAAAGACCAUCCAGAAAACUGACAUACAGCUGGUACCUGUCCUAAGGGGUCGAAAAGACGACCCACCCGAAGAAGAAUCCCAGCCACUGUCGUCUGGCUCCCCUCCUCCAGAAGAACCUCAACCUGAAAACCACCUCAGUCUUUCUCCAACGCUUGCUCGCCUGGCACAAAACAACUGCUACUCAGAAACCGACGGGACGCUUCAAUAUUCACAAGGCAAGACCCUCAGAAAACCUGGAAGUAUCGACUGCCCAAAUACCCCCGGAAUGCCCUACCGGACCCUGCGUAAGGCCAGAAAUCCAUCCUCUUCAUCGUCUUUACAGUCGCAGAACAACACUCUGAGAAGGCAAAAGCCUGAAGAUGCACGUUUACCCAGCGAUUCCUCAGAGACGGUGGCCACCCUGAGGAGGCCGAAACACUCGGAGAGAAAUGGAAGGCCGGAGGAACCGGACCACAGACAAAUGCUGAGAGAUCUGGUGAGGUUAUCCAUGGCUGCCCUCGGAGAAAACUCACUCGAGCUGUCUUCAGCCUCACCCGAGGUUCAGCAGAUUUCCCAGCUAUUGUCUUUGCUGCGUCAGGGCCAGUUUCAGCCUCGUCCAAACUUCCGUGGCAACAAGUAUUCCCACCGAGCCGGCCGCUAUGGAGCACAAGAUGCUGACUGGCUGAGUACCAAAGACAGCGGGAAUGGGGAGAGUGAACCAGGAGACGUGGACUGGGAGGCUGGCAGGGACUCGCCGAUCGACCCCUUACUGGAGGAGGGACUCAACAGCCUGCUUAACAGCACAGAUGAUGUGUUCUCAGACAUCCCUGACCCAGCCUGGAUAGCCCGACUGUCUCUUCCUCUGGCCAGCGACUACCACGACAACCUUUACGUCCCCGAUGGGCUUCCGCCCCCCGAAAACCAGAGCUGCAGCCCCGACGACUCCACCUCCUUCUCCACUUUUGGUAAGACCCCAGAGAAGAUGGGACCUUUAGGAGGUGAAGCUCUGCUGUCAGAGGUUAGCACGCUGUUCGAGAUGCUCCUGACCCAGAAGGCCGACGCUCAGCCUCGCUCGGACGUCCUGUACAGACUUUCUGCAGCCUACCGGCGCUCCCUGGGACUGGACGGUCAUCAGGGGAUGAAUGAAAAGACACGCCGUGCCACACCGAACCAUUACUGAACUUUUUUAAAGCACAAACGUGACAUUCUGAUGCUCCUCAUGAUUACAGCGUGUUGUUUUUCGACCCUGUAAACUUGGAGUUGGUGCUUUUUUUAAAGGGGCGUAACCUUUUAGCUCCAAAAACAUGCUAGCAGGUGGACAGACUGUAAAUGUGAAUGGAUGAAUGAAUAAUUACUUUCAAUGAACUGAUCCAGGAUGUACUUCUGCAUCACUUUACCAGUGUUUUUCUGGACCAGGCUCCGGACCACCGCCAUGCACAACAAAGACAUGUGGUUACUGAAGAUGAUUGAAUGAAUCUGUAAUUAGACUGGAAGUGUUAUAUGAAAUGCACAGUGCUUGACUGUAAUAUUAAUAUUCUUUUUUCAAGCUCAGUGAAGCCGAGCAGUUCUGCUUUGGUUCUUAUUGGUCGUUCUCCAUAAGAUUUCUCAUAGAGCUUUUCCACCAAAUGAACCCUGGUUCUAGAACCUGUUCUGUUCGGGUUUCUUCGAACCUUGGUGUUUUUUGAGAACUGACCCGCGUUUCCACCAGUUUUUGGGAACCAAGCCUGCUUCAUCAACAGUGGGCAUUACACAAUAAAAGUAAAGAGUCGUAACAUGAUGGAGGAGCGUGUAGAUUAUC